CAAAAAACCAAAAACAGGAAUUUUGCCAUAGUUAUCUGGAAUAGAAAGACAAUAAAAAAAAAAAGACAUGUGUAACCACAGUGUGAAAUCCUUGAAGAGAUUCUCGUUCAAUCAUUUCUACGCAGCUAGAGUGCAGCCCCGAAGAAACUCAGUGGAUGGCGUCGCAGCGCAAUAAGGCACGAGAAGAGAAAUCUGGCGACUACGUCAAGCUACUCCGCUUAUACGGGAUGACGAGCACCCGCGACGAACAACUCGCUACCAAGAUUAUGAAAUACGAGGAAGAACUGCAUGGAAUUAUCAAAAACACAACUCCGCCAGAAGCCCCCGUCGUGUCAGGAACAAUCCGUGGCAUGGGACAGACGACGAAACCAUACGUGACACCAGGCAUGUGGUCUACCAUGUUUUCCAAGUACACCAAUAACACCUACAACGGCAACAACACGAUUGUGUACCAGCAGUACAUCCUGGACGUUCUCGUAAAACUCAUCAAGCUUAGUGCUGUGGGUACCGAGGGACUUCGGCACCUGAUCGCCUGGAGUAUGUUCCGGCAGCUGGUGCGCUAUACGGAGCCAAAGUUCUUGCUGGACAAAACGAGCGGGAGCGAAGCCUGCUACAGUAACGUCCUCCAGGCAAUGAAGCUGGCGGUCGUGAGCCCUUUCCUACAGUCGAGGGUCAAGCCGGAAAUGGUGAGCGAGGCUGAGAGAAUGAUGAAGAACAUCAUGGCAGCCUUUCGAGCGGCCUUGGUGUCAUCUACCUGGCUCGAUGGCAAAGCGCGAGCCAUUACCAUUAGGAAGCUGGACAAGAUGAAGUACUACGUGGGGAGCCCGGGCCGCCGGCUGGAGCCUGACUUCGUGGAGGAGCUUUACGCUUCCUUCCCAGACGUGCUCUUGGAUGGAUUCUUCACCUCGUGGAGGACGGCGCUCUCAUUUUCACGUCACCAAAUGUGGGCUGACCAAUCGACCUGGCUGUACGACGAGGCAGACGUGAACGCGCAAUACACAGUGCAUUUGAACGCCAUUAUCGUCCCGACAGCGAUAUUGCAGCGACCCUUCUUUUACUACGGUUUUCCGGCCGCCCUCAACUACGGUGGCAUUGGCACGAUAAUGGGCCACGAAAUAAUGCACGCUUACGACAUAGUGGGUUCGAAUUACGACGACAGAAGCCAUUUCGAACCCUGGAGAACGAAGAAGUUUGGAGAGGAGUACGCGAAGCGAACCUUAUGCCUACGAAAAUCACACAAGAAAGUCAUGAGGAGGUUGCCUCGUCUGGAGAUGGUUGACGACACGCUGGACUCGGAGAACUUGGCCGACUUCGUGGGCACCGUGAGCACGUACGCGGCCUACGCUUCGUUGCCCCGUCAGGAGCGCGACAUGGUGCUUUCCGGUCUCAACAUGACGGCCGAGCGCCUCUUCUUCAUCAAUAGCUGCGUCAAGUGGUGCGAUGACGAGUCCUUAACGGGAGGGCGGUAUUCGCCGAGUCGUUCCCGCUGCCUCGUACCCCUGGUGAACAUGCCCCAAUUCGCGGCCGCGUUCGACUGCGCUCCAGGGACGCCCAUGAACCCGCAAGAGAAGUGCAGUUUUUGGUAGUGGAAGCGGUAUCGAUGUUUAUUGUGAAUAUAUUUGGUUAUCUUAAAUUUUUCAAUUGCGCCGACACGAGCGGUAGUAAUAUUGUUGGCUACACGGUGAUCGCUUCCUUAUCUCUGACGAACGUUUCAACAAGCAUAGUUUUAUUUUCGGGAAUUCCGACAACAAAGAGCAUUGCCGCAUAUUCGCGUGAUCGCUCAAGACUAGAUGGUCGGUCACGUGUAGGUAAAACUGAAGCGUGAAAAUGCAGUAAAGAUGUUCUUAGCCCGCUUAUGACGUCUCAGUACAUGCACCAAGCAGCUAUUAACCUGCCAACUAUGUAACUCCCCACGAGUUGGUUAACGAUGCCUUCAAAGCACUAGCAAACCCAGACUAUGCGUCUGAUAUGUAUUUUUUCGAAGU